AAGUGAAGUGAGGAGAGCAGAGGAGAAAAUUGUGUACUGAGGAAGCUCGAAAUCGUUAGUUCACAGUGGAGGAUGUGGUGUUACGAUUGGGGAGACGGCCAUGGCUCUGAUUUCUUCGAUUUUGAUUUCGAGAACUACAAGGAUCACUACAAAGUUCUGGAAUUGAACUGUGACGCUUCUGAUGAUGAGAUUCGUUCCAGCUUUAUCCGUCUUGCCCUGAAAUGGCAUCCGGACAAAUUUAAAGAAGAGGACUCCGCUACGUCUAGGUUUCAAGAAAUCAACGAGGCUUAUCAAGUAUUGAGCGACCCAUUUACAAGGCAGGAAUACGACAAGAAAAGGAUGCGUCGUAUCUACCAGCACAACACGGAACUAUUGAAUGAGUACAAGGAGCUCAUACUGACUUGCAAUGGCCUUGGGAUGAAGCAUUAUCUUUGGUAAACGCUAAGCUAAGAGUAGGAGAUGAUAUGUAUAGUUUUGUAUGAUGAAUUAGCAUAUUUAGCAGGAGUUUUAGGAUCAUCAGCAUUUUAGCAGGGUUGAGUUUUUUGAGAACGAAAGAGCAUAAAUCAGUUUCAACAUUUUCUGAACUUUUAUGUCGAACAUUAUUAAUCUAAACCCUUGAAAGGUUUUUGUAACCUAACAAAAGAUUGUUCUUUUCUAUUGGGCCUAAAACCCUAAAAUUGGGCUUA